AUGGCUGAGCUUAGAACCGACUCUCCGGAAGAUCGUGUCUCGGUACACGACUUGAAAGAGAAGGAUGUCUAUCAUUCCGAAGUCCUAGUCGACAAAGACUUGAUGAACGAUGCUUUCCAGGGCGAGAAUGAAGAGCAUGAGCAAAGCAUGUGGCAGGCUGUCAAGACUCACAAGAUGGCUUGCUUUUGGGCCUUCGUCUUCUGCUUCACGAUUGUCAUGGAGUCGUUCCAGAUGUUCUUAUCCGGCAACUUCGUGGCACUGCCAUACUUCAAAGAGGUGUACGGCGUCCAGCUCGAAAACGGAGAGAUGGCCAUCGAGUCGAAGUGGCAAAGUGCACUCUUCGCAGCUGGCCAAUGUGGUGCUUUCGUCGGCGUCUUCAUUGCAGGCCCGAUCACGACCAAGAUCGGCUAUCGGUGGACGACUAUCAUUGGGUUGAUCCUCAUGAACGCCACAAUCUUCGUCUCUUUCUUCGCAAACUCGCUCGUACUACUCACAGUUGGUCAGCUGCUAGAAGGAGUCCCGUGGGGUUUCUUCAUUGCCAAUGCUCCUGCUUAUGCCUCCGAAGUCGUACCACUAGCGCUUCGUGGUGCGUGCACAGGCACACUGCAGAUGUCAUGGUCCAUUGGAGGUCUGUUGGUAGCAGGUGUUACCUAUGCGUAUAACCAACGCCUGGACGAAUGGGCGUGGCGCGCUCCUCUCGCGUUGCAGUGGCUCUUCCCAACUCCCAUCCUGGUGCUAGUCUUCUUCGCUCCAGAAUCCCCAUGGUGGCUUAUGCGGAAAGGCAGAAAGGAACAGGCUCUUCGCUCUCUCCAACGUCUGGGCCGCAAAUCGGACGGAAACGCGGAGAACGCUCUCGCCAUGAUUGAGCGCACCGUAGAGAUUGAAGCUCACCUCGGCGGCAACCCUUCCAUCUUGGACCUCUUUAAGGGCGUCGAUCUCCGACGUACGAUGAUUAUCUGCCUCAUCUACGCCAGCCAAAAUCUUGCUGGAAACCUUAUCGCCAACCAAGCCGUCUUCUUCUUCACCCAAGCAGGCAUCGACACCGACUUCUCAUUCCAGCUAGGCAUCAUCAAUUCUGCUCUGGGCUUGGUCGCCAACAUCGGCAGCUGGGGUCUCACAGCCUGGUUCGGGAGGAGAACAAUCUAUCUCUGGGGCACAGCCAUCAAUGUCACCCUGCUCGUGCUGCUCGGCGUCUGCGCCUCUAUCGCUCAGACUACCGCAACGAACUACGCUCAAGCCGUUCUUGGAGUCCUCAUCUCUUUCGUCUUUGCCGGAUUUAUGGGUCCUAUCUCGUACACCGUCAUUGCUGAGACGUCUUCUGUCCAGCUCCGCGCGCUUAGCACCGGUGUCGGCCGUGGUGCAUACUACCUCAUCGAGAUUCCUUGCAUCUUCCUGGCUUCUGAGAUGUUGAAUCCUACCGGCUGGGGUUUGGCGGGCAAGUGUGGCUACAUCUGGGGCGGCACUGCGUUGUUUUGCUGGGUCGUGGCGUACUUUGGUCUUCCUGAGAUGAAGCAUCGGUCGUACCGCGAGCUGGACAUCUUGUUCAAGCGUAAGGUACCUGCGAGGAAGUUCAAGGGCACUGUCAUCGACGUGAAAGAUAACGAGUAA